AUGGUCGGCUUACUCUUCGUCUUGGCUAUCAAAAGCUUCGGUAAAAUGUCGCUCGUACCUUUAUUCGAAUAUUCUCCCUUGAAAACGCAUAUCAUUUGGAACAAGAUCUGGCAAACUCUGCCGCCCUCCACAUUCGGUGCUCUGAAUGGCCUGGCUCAAGUAAACAGUUUCCCUUUUUCUCUCUGUGACGAGCGCUUGGCCGAACCCAUCUUCCCCUCUUCUCUUUCCCGCCCUUCUUCUCGCACAAGUCGUUCUCAGGCUUGGACGUUUGGCCCGUUCAUCACCAAAACGCUCGUAUCGAUCAGCAUCAAGGAACAGUACCUGGACGGAAACUUGAUCUGGCUAUGUCAAUGCGGAUUCCUGCACGCGCACAAACUGGCAACACGAUCGUCUACAUCUGUUGCGCGAGCCCAACCUAAGCCCUUCUUGAUCCAAUUCUUGUCCGCCGAGUACCCGCCACUCGACCCUUUCAGCAUCCGUCCCGGCUGCACGCGCCGCCGCUCAUUUGGCCAGCUCGUCCUGAAAAUCAAAGGCCGCCAAAUCGCUAAAUACUUUGCUGAAGAUCUUCUAUCCGGCCUUCUGUCUCAUUAA